GUUGGGGUUCUUCUCCUUCUUAAUACAUAGACCCCAAUAACCCUACCUACUUUCCUUAUCAAUUGUUUUUUGUUCAUCAUCGAUUCCAACGUUGGAGAGUGCAAUAAUGGUGCGAACGAAGGUGGAAAUCAAGAGGAUUGAGGACAAAGCCAAGAGACACACAACCUUCACCAAGCGCCGCCAAGGUCUGUUCAAGAAGGUCAACGAGCUCUGCAAGCGUUGCGACGCCGAGGCCGCCGUCAUUACUUUCUCGUUGGCCGGAAACGCCUUUGUCUAUGGCUACCCUUCCGUGGAGUCUGUUUUGAACCGUUAUAAUGCCCAUGCUGAACAACAACAAUGUUUGCCGGUUGACACAGUCUGUGCAGACGGCCAGACGCAGCAUGUGAAGGAUAAGGCGUCUGUAGAUGAUUCUUCUCCUCCAGCUGCUGCGGUGAGUAAUGACGAUGUAGAUAUUGAGAGCUAUUUCAAUGUGGAUGCUAUGGGCUUGGAAGAGCUUGAUGAGAUCAGAGUGGCCAUGGAGGAUAUGAAAAGAAAAGUUGUUCAUCAUUCUUAUUCUUAUGAUACGGUUGUUUGGGUUUUCGAUUUCCUAGAAAUUGCAUAUGUGAGUGCCGUUGUAGAGUCGGAGGUCUCUUGGAAACCCCCGAGUAGGGGCAAGGGUGUGCCAUGCGAUUACGAUGACGACGAUGUCGAUUUUGACGUGCUCGGAUGGUGGAAGCGGAACGAACACAUGUUCCCAUGUCUCGGCAUGCUAGCAAGACAAGUGUUGUCCGUCCCAGUAUCAACCGUAGCAGUUGAACGAGAAUUCAGUGCUGGCGGCAACAUUCUAACCGACUACCGAAGUUGUCUGAAUGCUGAAUCUCUUGAAACACUGUCGUUUGAGAUGGCAGAAGAUGGGAAGUUCCGAAUUGAGAAGUUCGAUGGUACAGAUUUCAGUUGGUGGAAGAUGCAAAUUGAAGAUUUGCUGGUUCAGAAAGAUUUGGACGUGGUUUUGGGUGACAAGCCAGAAAAGAUGUCGGAUGCAGAUUGGGCAGGUUUAGAUCGGAAAGCUAUGUUAGUGAUCCGUCUCUCGUUGACCAAGAAUGUUGCGUUCAACAUUCUGAAGGAGAAGACAGCGAAGGGAAUUAUGGACGCGCUGUCUAACAUGUACGAGAAGCCAUCUGCACAGUUACCAGUUCAGCGGGACCUGACGGAUUCACUUUUGAGAAGAUUCGUGACCUUGUUCUUGGCGAAGAUGUCAGAAGAAGGAGUUCUGGAUGUCAGAGUGGUUCUAGCCUUGAAGAAAAGUUUGAUUUGUGUUAGGCAGUUGGACGAACAGGGACACGAGGUGAAGUUCGGAAAUGGGCAGUGGAAGGUCGUGAAGGGAAAUCUUGUCAUGGCCCGUGGAAGGAAGAGAGGUUCGUUGUAUAUGGUCGAGUUACCAUCUGAGGGAGUGACCGUCCCAAUUCAGAAGAAAAACGAAGUCCGGUUCACAGAGUCUCGUGGGCAGAAGAAGGUUUUCUAUGCAAGAAAGAAACCCAGAGCCACAGGUCAGACUCAGGAUGAACGAGCGAGGAAAGGUUCAAUGAGGCCAGUGAGAGGUAUCUGUGGCAGUGGGAGCACAGGUUUUACUUCAGCCAAGGUUNAGAGUCUUCUCGAUGAUCAAGAAGGCUGGUGGCAACUAGAGGUGGUGGAAUUUUGAGUUCCGUUAUCAGAUUACAGAAGUACAUGUGCACAGUUGAAGCGCAGGUGAACAUUGUUCCGUGGCUUCAAGUGGGAGAUUGUUGAGUGUGAAGCCAGGAAGCUAGGUGGAAACUAACAGGAAAUUGACAGGAAACUACCUAGAAGCUUCUAACUUCCUUAAUCAUUGUGCUCUCCUAAUUAUUCUCUAUUUAAGAGAUGCUAAUGUGCUUGUAAUUGUGGUGCAACAACAAAUAAUAAAAUCCUCCUAGUUGCCCCGUGUGGACGUAGGUUGCAGUUGGCGGCCGAACCACGUUAAAUCCUGUGUCAUUUAUUUUUCUGCAGUUGAUUCGUGAU